AAUGAUUGCGUCUAAACAAUCUAAAGAGCAAAAUAUGAACAGCUUCUUCAAUCCCAGUAGACCAAGCCCGCGUCCAUGGCCGAACAGGAAGAAGCAAACCAACAAAUCGGCCAUAUGUCUUUGCUCCUUCUCUCUACUUGCUGUUUUGUUCGUGUUCGUCUUCUUCAUCACCUACUCCGAGAUACCCAAAUCACUCUUCUCGAUCUCUGCCUUUUCUGGAUCCGUCCAAUUCCCUCAGUGCAGAUCCGAGAUACUAUCACGAACUCUUCUAGGGCAGAGAUUUCUCUGGUACGCUCCACACAGUGGAUUCAGUAACCAGCUGUCGGAAUUCAAGAAUGCUGUUCUAAUGGCGGGAAUCCUUAAUCGGACUCUGAUUGUUCCUCCGGUGCUGGAUCAUCACGCCGUCGCUCUCGGUAGCUGUCCGAAAUUUAGGGUUUUGAGCCCGAGCGAGAUACGAGUCUCAGUUUGGAAUCAUUCUAUUGAGCUUCUUAGAACUGGCAGGUACGUUUCGAUAGCUGAUAUUGUAGACAUUUCGUCGCUGGUAUCUUCUUCGGCUGUUCGAGUCAUUGAUCUCAGGUUCUUUGCAUCUCUACUGUGUGGUGUUGACUUGGAGACUCUAUGCUCUGGUGAAUUAUCUGAACAGUCUCAGGCUUAUGAAUCUUUGAAACAGUGUGGCUAUCUGUUAUCUGGAGUUCGUGGUAAUGUAGAUAAGUGUUUGUAUGCCGUGGAUGAAGAUUGCAGAACCACUGUUUGGACGUAUAGAAAUGGAGAUUCUGAUGGAAAAUUAGAUUCCUUUCAGCCUGACGAGAAGCUUAAGAAGAAAAAGAAAAUAUCUUACGUUAGAAGGCGACGAGAUGUGUAUAAGAGUCUUGGAGGUGGUACAGAAGCUGAGUCUGUAGCUAUUAUGGCAUUUGGGAGCUUAUUCACGGCUCCAUACAAAGGCUCUGAAUUGUAUAUCGAUUUCCACAAAUCUUCAAGUGUUCCAGAGAUAAAGUCUUUGAUUAAGAAGGUCGAUUUCCUUCCUUUUGUUCGAGAGAUCAUGAGUGCGGGCAAGAAAUUUGCCUCGGAAACCAUAAAGGCGCCGUUUGUCUGCGCGCAGCUUAGACUGCUUGAUGGCCAGUUCAAGAACCACAGGGAGAGCACGUUUAUGGGUUUAAGCCAGAAGCUGGAAUCUUUGACCAUAAAGAAUCCAGGUCCAGUUCAUGUGUUUGUAAUGACGGACCUUCCUGAAAGCAACUGGACCGGAACUUACUUGGGUGAUUUGUCUAACAACUCUACGAAUUUUAAGCUCCACUUCCUGAGGGAACAAGAUGAAGUAGUAUUGCGAACACAACGGGAGCUUGCAUCUGCUGGUCACGGCCAGAAAUUUGGGUCUAUUCCUAUGAGUCUGGACAGUAUCAAAAAGAUGCAGAACCAUUGUUCUCCUCGUGAAGUAUCCAAUGUGCAGCUUUACAUAGAGGAAGCUGUUUGCAGUUGUGCGUCACUAGGUUUCGUUGGUACUGCGGGGUCGACAAUAGCUGAUAGUGUAGAGAUGAUGAGGAAAUUCAAUGCUUGUAGUAGUUGAACUCAGACUGGUUUUUCUAUUUCCGAUUUGGAUUCAUCUGCUUGAUUACCCAAAGCUUGCAGUGUUCAUCUGGAGUAAUAGACGCUAGCAUUUGGUUAAGUUUUGCUGGGAUUCGGAUAGAUAUAGAUCUGUCAGCUGUCUUCACUUAGAGGUUGUGGUUAUGAAAAUAGGCUUUGGGGUUUUGCUUUUGGAUCGUUUUGUGUUGUUGGGUUCUUUGGGAAACUGUGUAGUUUUCUAGUAAUAGAAUAAAGCCACCUUGUUUCUUUUUGGUGAUUCACACAACGAACGGCUCUGGCUAAACCAGCCUGAGACUGCGUGAGAUGGGGACUUGGGUGUUGCAGCUUAGUGAGUUUUGUAAAGGUUGAGGCUUUUAUGAGUUUUGUUUGUAGA